UGCAGGUGAUUAUAUGCUAUAAUAAUUUAUUGAGUAUAGUUAUGUACUGUUAUGUUAUGGCGUGAAUGUAAUAGUAAUUGCAAAUUUUUAGAAAAUCUUUGACUAUUGCAUGAUGGGUAACCAACCGAACGUUCACGUUUGCCCCAGGAUGCAAUGUGCGCUUGUUCCGCCACUGACAGGGACGAUAAACAUGUCCCUGUGUAAAUUAAAAAGAAUCAAGACUUACGAUACCAGUGCAGGAAAAAUUUAUUUUAAAGUGCCAUACAAACACACACACAAACACACACACACACACAUUAACAGAAAAAUUAAAAUAAAAAAUGUGCAAAUCAGUUGUUAUCCAAAAAUUAAAUAUGUUAAAUGUAAAAGUAUCCAAAUGGACUAAAAAUAAAUAUUUUAAAUAAGGAAUAAAACAACGAAACUGAACAAAAAUUCAAAAUGGGCAAAAAGUACAACUAUAUACAUAAAGUGCUUUGCCAAUAAAUUGGCAUUUAAGAAUGUCAGCUCACACACUUGUGCACUCUCAGGUGCUGAGACUAAACGUAAGAGUCUCAGCUGAAUCAGUCAAUGAUCCGGCUCUGCGAGUCAUGAAUAAUGAUGGAGGCUUUUUAUCAUACACAGAGUUUCUUGACAAAUUUAAAAUCCCAGUUAGACCCAGAGAAUAUGCAAUUGUAAUGGAUGAUAAGGUAUUAUGUCUUCUUAAAAAAGAAUGCAAUGAAAACCCUAAUUUAGACUAUAUAAGUAAUAAAAGUAAUAUUAUUGUUUUAAAAAACCAAAAUACCAAUUUUUUUUUUUAUUUCAUUGUCUGUACCACUUAUCCGAUCUAUCCUCGGGUCACAGGCAGCCUGUGCCUAUCUCAGGUGUCAUUAGGUAUCAAGGCAGGAUGCACCCUGGACGAAGUGCCAACACAUCGCAGGGCACACACACACACACACUCAUUCACACACUACGGGCAAUUUAGAGACUCCUAUCAGCCUAAAAUAUGUCUUUGGACUGUGGGAGGAAACCCACCAAGCACGGGGAGAACAUGCAAAUUCCACACACACACAGAGAGCGGGACUCAAACCCAGGACGCUGGAGGUGUGAGGCAAACGUGCUAACCACAGUGAGAUUAGCAUCAACAGCAUAAAAAUCCUGCUCUAGUUUAUAGGAAAUGUUCAACAAGCAUCAUCUUGUACUAUGACUGACAAAUGUACACAUGUAAUUUCCACAGCAUGCAAUCAUUGAGAUUCAUUUUUCAUUAUUUUUCAGAAUUUUAGUAUAUAUAAUUAUACACAAGGCCUUGUAGAGCAUGAAUUAUAGAUUGUGAUACAGCUUAAUGUAGUGCUUGAUAUUGAAUUGUGAAUGCAUUCCAUACAUUUGACCAACAAAUGUUGCUGAGAGUUUGGGAAAUUGGAUUUAAUGAAGUUUUUGAAAAUAGUGUACAACAGUUAUAUCUCCUUCCUGUGUCUUUAUGUAAUUAAUUAUUAAAGUGCUAAUGUGAAAUAAAGUGUACUUAUGUGACUUUUAGGUAAUGGACAGUUCUGAAUUUUCUGUCUUCCUCUUCAUCACAGCAUGUACAUUUACUGUUCUGGUUUAUACCAGAGAAUCUGCCACUAGAAACAUGGAGAAAGUUCAGGUGAUCAAGGACUUUCCCUGGAUUGUUGCAGAUGAGCAGGAAGUCCUCAUGCAGGAGCUCAGACUCAUUCCUCUGAAAACGAUGACCUCAGACAUAGUAAAGUACAAAAAAAGUCCUACAUCUGGCAUGCUCCACAUCUGGCAAGUAAAAAGAAUAUAUGCCAUAUAUUCAGUAAUACUAAAUCUCAGUGGAAUGUGCUGCACAACAUGCAACACUGCAGAGUAUGAAAUUCAUGGAGAAUGCUGUCCAAUGUGUGCUCCUGGUCACCAUGUGUUUAAACACUGCGACAGUCAAUCAGGCACGCAGUGUAAAGUGUGCUCUGGAUCAACCUACACCGAUGUCCCGAACGGACUGACCGCAUGUCUCCCCUGUGCUGUGUGUGAUGAAGGUAAUGGAUUACAUGUAAAGCAUAAGUGUUCAUACACUUCAGAUGCACUCUGUGAGCCUUUGUCAGGAUAUUAUUGUACAGAAACUCAGGGUGAGAGCUGCAGAAAAGCCAGAGAGCACUCCACCUGCCUUCCUGGACAAUACAUCUACCAGAACGGAACAGCUUUAACAGAUACAGUAUGUAAGGACUGCCCAGAGGAGACAUAUUCAGAUGGUUCAUUUAUGCACUGCAAACCACAUACAAAUUGUGAAUCUCUCGGGCAGAUAAUAACUGAACAGGGAACACAGUCAAGUGAUACAGUUUGCAGCCAUAAAGCAUCUCAUCUGGGCCUCAUUAUUGGGAUUUUGUUGCCACUGAUACUGCUGAGUGUCGUUCUAAUUACUUUAUUAUGUUUUAAAAAGAAAUAUUUUAUUAAUUUAAUGCUAUAAAAUCAUUUUGACUGGGAAGAAACAUUGAAGAACAUUGAAAACAUUGAAGAAACAUCCCUGAUCAGCAGGUUGUGACAGAGAUACAGAGAGACUGGAAGAGUCACAGAAAGGCAUAGAAUUGGACGUCCUUUGGCCACAUCCCAUGUUGAUGACUGCUUCAUUGUGAACAGUGCCCUGCGGAACCGGAUGAUGAAUGCCACUCAACUCCAGGCACAUUUAAGGGAGGUGAGAGGCACCCAAGUGUCACGUCAGACCAUUCGAAACUGUUUACAUCAGCGUGGUCUGCGUGAUAGAUGACCUGCAAGGGUACCUGACCACACCACCAGGCACAGGCGUAGGGCCAGGGAGCAUUUACGCUGAAUGAGGGACCAGUGGGCCUCAGUGCUGUUCUCUGAUGAAAGUCAAUUCACGUUGAGCAGAAAUGAUGGCCGACGUCAAGGAGAGUGCUAUGCAUCAGCCACUGUUGUGGUGGUGUUACAGUCUGGGCAGGUGUGUCUACUCAAUACAGAACUACCCUACAUCUUGUGAAUGGUACAGUGACAAGCCAAUACUACCCGAAUAACAUCAUUAAUCCAGUCAUUGUGCCUCUGCAUGAACAACACAGGCCUAAUUUCAUCUUCAUGGACGACAAUGCUCCAGCUCAUCGAGGUCGCAUCAUUAGGGAACGGCUGCUGGAGGCUGGGGUACCUCAAAUGGAGUGGCCUGCACUUUCUCCAGACCUGAAUCCCAUAGAAAACCUACGGGAUCAGCUGAGUCGCUGUGUAGAGGCUCGUAACCCUGCACCCCAGAACCUCAAUGACCUGAGGGCUGCUCUUCAAGAAGAGUGGAAUGCCGUGCCUCAGCAGACAAUAAGUCGACUCAUGAACAGCAUGAGACAUCAAUGUCAAGCUGCAGUUGAUAUAACUGAAGUUGUAUCUUCUACAAAUUGCUGCUGUAAUCACAAAGACUGUCCUGUGCUCAUCUCAGAGCUCAAAUUCACAAUAGUGAACAUCCUUUUAACACUCUAAGUACUGUUACCUUUACAGUAUACAGUGAAAGAUGUAACAUUUAUAAUGCCAGAAGAGGAUGGGUUCCCUUUUUAUACACAAAGCAUUCUUAAAGCCUGGGAAAGAUUGUUUUGUGUGUGUAUACAUAUAAACACUGAAAUGCAUUAUUAUUCCUAGACAUGCAUCAGUGCCUUAUACUAUUAUCCAGUUUAUAUUUGGUGAAUCAUCAAGCAAAAUAAGAUUUGGAUGACUAAUUUAUAAUUUAUAAAAAUAAGAAAUGUCAUACAGCAGAGCAACACAAACAUUUCCUUUGCUGUCUAUUAGGUAAGGCUCAAGAGCAUAAUAAUAAUAAACUAUGCUCCAUAUUACUAUUGCCUACUCACAUUAAAUGCAGAUAUCUACAGGAGGACAUCUUGUUUCGUAGUUGAUGUUGCCCAGCUUUGUAUGUGCAUGAGUGUGUGUGUGUGUUCUGUGAUCUUGUUUCUAUUUCUGUAAAAAAAAAAAAAAAAACUGAGCCCUAUCUAAUAUUAUUCAUAAUAAUAAUAAAUUAUGCUCCAUAUUACUAUUGUCUACUCAGAUUGAAUGCAGAUAUCUACAACAGGACAUCAUAGUUUCUUAUUAUUUUACACAUGCUCCCUGGUCAAAUAAUCUAGCCACAAAAAUGCCACAGUGUCUUGAGAUUAGAAUUCGAGUGAUCGCCUGUGUCCCUGUAUUAUAUGUGAAGUUAAACAGGUCUGUGUGUAUAUGCAGGAUUUCCCUGGAUUGUUGCAGAUGAACACGAAGUCCUCAUGCAGGAGCCCAGACUCAUUCCUAUAAAAACGAUGACUUCAGACAUAGUACAGAUCAUUUUCAUAACCAUACACAACAUAGUCACAUUUCAAAGAGGCAAUAUGAGGCAGAAAUCUUGACAGAAGUGUGGGAAAACAUAUACUGCUUCUCAUUUAAUUAUCCACAUUCUUACUUUCAACAGAUGCAACUUUAUGUGGAGGAACGUGCACACAAAUGACAGCAAAAUGUAGCAUGAAAAAAGAAAUACACUUAUAAAAGGUUUUCUUUCUUUUUUAUUCUGAGCCUCAAUGCUUUGACAGACCAGGAUUUUACAACGAUAACAUGUUAAACUACUGUUUAUGUUUUUUUUGGCAUUACUCUAAAAAAACAGACUUUUGUUUCCUGUGCAACUGAAACCACAGAAUGUUCAGAGUUUUGGGCAGUGUCCAUAUUGGAUCUACGUUUCUCACGACUAGCUUGAUAUUGUUGGACUCAUGCGGUUUGCUGAAUGCAUGGAUUAGCAGUAAACAUCAGUAACAUCAUGACAGGAAGUACUGUGUUUGACAAAGAGGUGAGUGAGUGAGUAAAUUGAGCUGUUACAUUUGUACUUUGUACUGGGGGGUAAACUGUAAAAGGUUUGUGUAUGUUCUUGUGUAGAUGUGUUUUCCAUCGGUGUGGGUUUUUGUUUUGGCUUGAAUUCUCACUUAAACUGAAAGAUUCUCACAUUUUACAAAUGUACUAUUAAAAUAUUUUAUACCUCUGUACCAUCUGGUGUUUUUAAAGAGUAUUAUUUACUUGCUUAUUUACCUAGUCCACUUACAGUGUUUGUAGGGUUGUAUUUAUAGAGUUAUUCAUACACAGCAUUUUAUUUGAACAUAACAUACAACAUAAUGCAAUGGACAAUAUAUAUCUUAAAAGAUAUGUUGCAGAAAAUAUCAGCCCAAAUAUAUCAGGCAUGUUGCUUUGUGCAUUCAGCUUCUCUUUCUCUUUUGUUUUGUGAAAUCAAAGGUUGUAGAUUCCCUUUAUCUUAUAAUAUAUAUCAAUAUAUUAUAAGUGUGAUGAGAGCUUUUCAAGGUGGCGCUAAAUAACACUUAAAUUUCAGACACAACAAUCUGAACAAGUCUUUCAAGUCUGGUCGGACAAAGCCAAGUGUAAAUGAAAGUAUGCUAGUAUUACGCUAGUCCGUUUUAAAUGAGUUUAGUUUGUGGCUUCAUUCAUUGAAACUAUUCAAAUGUUAGACUUAUUAUUUGUAGUGUAGUGUUAUUUUGCCUUAUCGUUCCCACCAAGUUGCUCUAAUAUAUUUUUUGAUCUAUAAGAAAAUUUUCUCCACCCUUGCUUGAUGUUAAUUGAGU